AUGGCCUCCGUCCCGCCUGGCGACGGCGACCUGAACCCGUCGACGAUGUUUACCAACGGCACGGAGACGUCCCCCAUCGCCGACGACACGGAGAGAUACAUCUGCUACCUCUGCACGGGCCGCAACCCGUUGCUGAUAAGGUACUGCCCCAUCUACUGGGACGAGUGCCACCUCGUCUGCUACGCCGACGAUGCCCCCGCCGCCACUGCCGCCGCCAUUCCCGCCGUUCCCGUGCCGACGGCGGCGCUGGGGUCGGCGCCGGCGGCGUCGGCCAACCCCAGCGGGGUGAAGGACGACGAGUGCUACGUCAUGAAGCUGUACCGGAACGGCAGCUACGCCAUCGUCACCCGCCUCGGCUGCGCCCGGAUCGCCACGUGCCUCCUCUCCUGCGGCGGCGGCGACAUGGCCGACAGCGACAGGAAAGCCCUGGGCACCGCGACGACCGCAGCGGCGCAGACGACGACGGCUGCGGUCCAGGGGAGUUUAACGCCCCGACUCGCGGAUUUCCAGCGGUGCGGCACGCAGGUCACUGCGACGCCGUCCCUGCGUGGCGCCGUCGUCCGGGCUGGUGGUGCGCGGCGACGGCGUUAG